GAAGCGGAACCUGGAACACACCCUUCCCAUGAGUCACCAUCCCCGUUUCUAAGUUGUCAAAUGUUUGGGUCAUUCGGAAAACAUUCAAGCAAGACACGCCCAGAGGUUGGGCUUUUUUAGUGAAAGUUGUGAGAUUUCCGAGGCACAACCAUGACUGCCGAUCAAUUUGGUACCAUUACUUUAAAAUGGGAUCCAAAGAAUUUGGAAAUUCGGACUAUGUCUGUAGAGAAGACAUUAGAGCCCCUUGUGCUUCAGGUCACGACACUCGUCAACACAAAAGGACCCUCAAAAAAGAAGAAAGGCCGUUCGAAGAGAGCUCAUGUGUUGGUGGCUGCUGUGGAAAAAGCUACAGAAAAUUUCAUUGAGCGUGGGGAAAUGAUCGCAUAUGAAAAUCCAGACAUUAAGUCUGAAAUGCUGUCUGCUGUGGAAGAAGUCCGCAAGACUGGUGCUGCUAUGAGUCUUGCUGCACGAGAGUUUGCAGAUGAUCCUUGUUCUUCUUUGAAAAGAGGAAACAUGGUCCGAGCUGCUCGUAAUUUGCUUUCUGCUGUCACUAGACUUCUUAUUCUAGCUGACAUGGUUGAUGUACAUCUCCUUUUGAAGUCAUUGCGUGUUGUAGAGGACGACUUGGAAAAGGUUAAAAAUGCUUCAUCACAAGUGGAGUUACUGGACAACAUCAAAGCUUUUGGUCGUAAUGCUUCUGAACUUAUGAACCAAGCUGCUAAACGGCAGCAGGAGUUAAAAGAUCCUCAGUUGCGUGAUGAUCUGGCUGCUGCUCGCGCUGUUCUGAAGAAACAUUCCACUAUGCUACUCACGGCAUCAAAGGUGUAUGUUCGGCACCCUGAGCUUGCUGCUGCAAAGGCAAAUCGAGACUACGUCUUCAAGCAAGUUUGUGAAGCUGUUACGACCAUUUCUGAUGUGGCCCAAGGCAAAGGACCACAAAUACCACAGAAUCCCUAUGAUGGCCCUGGAGAACUAGCUGCAGCUCUUGAUGACUUUGAUGACCGCAUUGUCAUGGACCCCCUCGCCUACAAUGAGGUUCGCACACGGCCGUCCCUGGAGGAGCGCCUGGAGAGCAUCAUCAGUGGAGCUGCACUCAUGGCCGAUUCAAGCUGCACCCGCGAUGAAAGACGGGAGAGGAUCGUCGCCGAAUGCAAUGCAGUGCGCCAAGCUCUGCAGGAACUCCUGUCUGAGUACAUGAACAAUAUGGGUGUGAAGGAGCCUACCGAAAACCUGGAGCGAGCCAUCGACCACAUGUGUCGCAAGACCAGGGAUCUCCGACGUCAAUUAAGAAAAGCUGUUGUGGAUCAUGUCUCAGACAGCUUCUUGGAAACCAAUGUGCCAUUGUUGGUUUUGAUUGAAGCUGCCAGAAAAGGACAGGAGAAAGAGGUUGAAGAGUAUGCUCAAGUGUUUACUGAACAUGCUAAUAAGCUGGUGGAGGUUGCCAAUUUGGCGUGCAGUAUGUCUGGCAAUGAAGACGGUGUCAAAAUGGUGCGGUAUGCUGCAGCACAAAUUGAGACUCUUUGUCCUCAAGUGAUCAAUGCAGCACGAAUUCUGGCCGCUCGGCCUCAAUCCAAAGUUGCUUUGGAGAAUAUGGAUGUGUUUAGAGAUGCCUGGGAAAGCCAAGUGCGCAUCCUUACUGAGGCUGUUGAUGACAUAACCACUAUCGAUGACUUCCUUGCAGUUUCUGAAAAUCAUAUUUUGGAGGAUGUCAACAAAUGUGUGUUGGCUCUUCAAGAAGGGGAUGCAGAUACCUUGGAUCGUACUGCAGGUGCUAUCAGAGGUCGCUCCGCGAGAGUAGCAAACGUUGUUGGUCAAGAAAUGGACAAUUAUGAGCCGGGUAUUUACACAGAACGUGUUCUGGAGGCUGUCAAAGUUCUGCGUGAGCAAGUAAUGCCCAAUUUCGCCCAGCGAGUGGAAAUUGCAGUAGAUGCACUUUCAUCCAAUCCUGCCAAAGAAGUUGAUGAAAAUGAAUUCAUUGACGCCUCAAGGCUGGUGUAUGAUGGAGUCCGCGAAAUUAGGAGGGCUGUUCUCAUGAACAGGAGUGAUGAAGAGCUGGACCCGGAAGAUGUUGAAUUUGAUGAGCACUACACCAUUGAGACUAGGAGCAAGUCAAGUGCCCAUACCAAUGAACAUGGUGUGGAUGAAUAUCCUGAUAUCAGUGGCAUCACUACAGCAAGGGAGGCUAUGCGUAAAAUGACGGAGGAAGACAAACAGAAGAUCGCUCAGCAAGUAGAACAUUUCCGAAGCGAGAAGUUGAAGUUUGAUCGUGAGGUUGCCAAGUGGGAUGAUACUGGCAAUGAUAUCAUUGUACUUGCCAAGCAUAUGUGUAUGAUUAUGAUGGAAAUGACAGAUUUUACUCGUGGCCGUGGACCUCUGAAAACUACAAUGGAUGUCAUCAAUGCUGCUAAGAAAAUCUCAGAGGCUGGUACCAAUUUAGACAAAUUUACAAGAAUGAUUGCGGAUCAGUGCCCAGAGUCAUCAACAAAGAAAGAUCUUCUGGCAUAUCUACAACGCAUUGCUCUCUACUGCCAUCAAUUGAACAUCACUUCCAAAGUGAAAGCUGAUGUACAAAACAUUUCAGGAGAGCUAAUUGUAUCUGGGUUGGACAGUGCAACAUCCCUCAUCCAAGCAGCUAAAAACUUGAUGAAUGCCGUCGUCUUGACUGUUAAGGCUUCCUAUGUAGCCAGCACAAAGUAUCCACGACAGGGUGCUGUUUCAGAAGUGACAGACAGGGGAUUUGAAAAGCGAGACUCCUCUUAUUUUUAUUUCCCCAUCACUUCAUCAUAUGCUAUUCUGUACAGCGUAAACCUGUCUCCAAUCGUUGUAUGGAAGAUGAAGGCUCCUGAGAAGAAACCUCUAGUGAGACCAGAGAAACCUGAAGAGGUGAGAGCCAAAGUCCGUAAAGGCUCUCAGAAAAAAGUCCAGAACCCCAUCAAAGCUCUGAGUGAAUUCCAGAGUCCUGCAGAGGCAGUGUAAAGUGUUAAUUGAACCAUGAUUGUUUGCACAAAGGCUUGUAACAUGAGCUGUUUUCGUUUUAAUUUUCUUCAUCCACAUCUGUGUCCUGAAUCGAUGUCAAAUUACUUCCCAUUCCCAUUUCUUCCUUUUUUUUUUCUUUCAUGUGUAUGACUUUACUAGUAGACUGAUUUAUAGUUCAUCCAAAGGCCUCUUUUAUGUAUAUACAUCUGUCCAGAAUUAUCAACUUUGCUAGGAAACUAAAGUUUUGGUUUGUAGACCAGAUUGCAUUUUGCUUUGUAGUCCGUUCCUUCCUUUAUCCACACUGGCAUAUUUAUUUAUUUUAUUUGAGAGGUGUAUUAUUUUAUUUGUAUGUUUAAAGAAAUUUUAUUUCCAUUUGUUAUAUAUCAUUAUAUUCAUUAUGAUUGGAUGUUUUCAUGUGACUUAAUAAUUUCUUACAUUGUGAUUUUACAUGUAAGUAUUGCUGGUAUUUUAAGUUUAGGAGGAAAUCCAGCAAGAAAUGAGUGGUUGAGGCAACAUUGAGCUCUCAAUAGUUUUUUUCAACAACCAUUUCUUGCUGGAAGUUAAAAUAAAGUGAUUGUUUUCUCCAGUUGUAGUCUAUUUUAAUGCACUUUACGUAUAUCGUAUCUUUAUUAUUUUACAAACAUAAUCAUGUAUGUUAAAUGUCCACUUUUCGUGCCAAUGGUCUUAAUUAAGGGCAGCCAAACAAUUUUUAUAUUGUUGAGGAUGGGGAUUCAGUAUUAGCAUCUCGUACAUUCUGUAUUCGUUUACGGAAUUGUGUGUGACAGACCUUAACUUCCAUAAAUAAAACACAAAUCAAGUAUUGUAUAUGUAACUUUGUACCCAAUCUGGAAUAAUAAAGUGUAUUGCCUUGUA